AUGAUGAUGAGAUCGAGAGCAUCUAUCGACGUCGCGCAAAUUAUAGCACGUCAUUCGCGCGGUCGUUUAUAUGCCCGUCUAUAUUCGUCCAGUACGAAGCCUACUCUAGCCACGACCACUAGAGAUACGACUUUCCAAAAAACUUAUGAUGAUGCCAAUGUUCAAAAAAUACCAGUCGGGUCUACAGCCAAAAAGCUUUUCGGCAAGCCUAAGAAGACGCGUCUUUCCGUCGAUGGACCUAUUGAAUGUCCCUUGGAGAGCUUCCAGCUCCUAAACUCUCCGCUUUUCAACAAGGGCUCGGCUUUCACUCAAGAGGAGAGAGAGGCUUUCAAUUUGGACGCUUUGCUUCCACCUCAGGUAAACACCCUGGACGAGCAAGUUGAGAGAGCAUACAAGCAAUUGUGUUACUUAAAGACACCUCUAGCAAAGAAUGAUUUCAUGACCUCUAUGCGUGUGCAAAACAAAGUUCUGUAUUUUGCGUUAGUUAGAAAACACAUCAGAGAAUUGGUGCCGAUCAUUUACACUCCAACCGAAGGUGACGCUAUCGCAGCUUACUCUCAUAGAUUCAGGAGACCCGAAGGUAUCUUCUUGGAUAUCACCGAACCGCAGUCUGUGGAACGUAGGAUGGCCGUCUAUGGUGGUGACAAGGACGUUGACUACAUCGUUGUUUCCGAUUCGGAAGGUAUCUUGGGGAUUGGCGACCAAGGUAUUGGUGGUAUCCGUAUCGCUAUUUCCAAGUUGGCGUUGAUGACGCUCUGCGGUGGUAUUCACCCGGGCCGUGUCAUGCCCGUAUGCCUGGACGUUGGUACCAACAAUAAGAAGCUGGCGAGAGAUGAAUUGUACAUGGGCAACAGAUUUAGCAGAGUCAGGGGAAAACAGUACGACGAGUUAGUCGACAAAUUCAUCCAAGCAGUUAAGAAGAGAUUCCCUAAUGCUGUCCUCCAUUUCGAAGAUUUCGGUGUUAAGAACGCCAGAAGAAUCUUGGAUAAAUAUCGUAGCGAGCUUCCUUGUUUCAAUGACGAUAUUCAGGGAACCGGGGCUGUGGUGAUGGCCUCUUUAAUCGCUGCUCUGAAACACACCAAGAGAGACUUGAAGGACACAACUGUGAUAGUGUAUGGUGCCGGUUCUGCUGGCCUGGGCAUUGCCGACCAAAUCGUGAGCCAUAUGGUCACUCAUGGUCUAUCGAAGGAGGAGGCCCGCAGUAAGAUCUACCUGAUGGACAGACGUGGGUUGAUCACGCAAUCUCUAGAAGCUGGGUCGACGAAAGCGCAACAUCUUUACGCUAAACCGGAUGAAGACUGGGCUGGCGUCAACACCAGGUCUUUGCUGGAUGUCGUCUCGCGCGUCAAGCCAACUUGUCUGAUCGGCUGUUCUACCCAAGCUGGCGCUUUCAACAAAUCUAUCGUUCAAGAGAUGUACAAGCACAACCCAAGACCAAUCAUUUUUCCAUUAUCAAACCCAACAAGACUACAUGAAGCCGUUCCAGAAGAUCUGUUGAACUGGACAGACAACAAUGCGUUGGUUGCUACAGGUUCACCUUUCCCACCUGUGAACGGUUACCGUAUCUCAGAGAACAACAACUGUUUCUCGUUCCCAGGUAUCGGUCUAGGUGCCGUGCUAUCUCGUGCCAAGAUCAUUUCCGAUACUAUGAUCUCCGCGGCCGUGGACCAGUUGGCGGCUCUAUCGCCAUUGGAAGAGGGUAACUCGAAGCCUGGUUUACUGCCUCCAUUGGAAGUGAUCCAAGAUACGUCCUCCAAGGUUGCCACCGCAGUGAUCCUGCAGGCUUUGAAGGAAGGUUCUGCCCGUAUUGAAGAGGAAGAUGUACCGGGACAACCAGGUAAGAAAGUACAAGUACCCCGUGACUUCAACGAGUGUCUAGCAUGGGUCAAGAAUCAAAUGUGGGAACCAGUUUAUAGACCAAUGAUCAAAGUUGAUCAUGACCCAUCGAUUCAUACCCAUCAGAUUUAA